AUGAACCAACUGCUGUCCUUCCUGCAGCCUGCCGUCCGCAAGCCCCAAUAUUCAAUUCGACCAUUCUAUACCACGCUGUUGGUAUUUACACUUAUUGCAACAGCGAAGUGGUUACUGGCUGGUACUACAAAUGAACAUGCGCAGGUUGCGCAACCAGGUACAGGGCCACAUGUAAACCUGUUCAAACGAGAGGGUGAACUAGAGUGCCGCUUGGUCCGCAACGUCGAAAAUCAGUGUGCCUACGUCCGCGCCAACUGCCCCGAUCACGAGGAUGGCCUGAUCUCAUACCUUCAAUUUUACUAUUGUGGGCUGGCUGAUGCAAAACCGGUAGCAUUCACGAUAUUGAUCCUCUGGCUAUCACUGCUCUUCAGUACCAUCGGCAUCGCGGCAAGCGAUUUCCUAUGUAUUGAUCUCAGUACAUUGGCCAGCAUCCUAGGUUUGAGCGAGAGUCUUACAGGCGUGACAUUCCUUGCAUUUGGCAAUGGAAGCCCCGAUGUGUUUUCCACCUUCGCCGCCAUGCGGUCGAACAGUGGGAGCUUGGCGAUUGGUGAGUUGAUCGGCGCGGCGACUUUUAUUACCUCUGUUGUUGCGGGCUCCAUGGCGUUAGUUCGGCCGUUUAAGGUCGCGCGAAGGAGUUUCGUCCGAGAUGUGGGCUACUUCAUAGUGGCCGUCGUUCUCAGCAUGUUUAUGCUUGCCGAUGGGAAACUCCAUGUAUGGGAGUCGGCUGCGAUGGUAGGCUUGUACGGCUUUUAUGUCGUAAUGGUGGUGACCUGGCACUGGUAUCUGGUACGACAACGCCGGAAGAAUGAGAGAGACCUCGCAGCGCGAGCUCACUUUUAUAUACCGGAGAACCAAGAGCUGGAGAUCGAAGAAGCCGUUGAGGAUGAUGAUCCCGGUGUAGCAUCAGAGUCACGAAGUCUUCUCCGCGGAGCCUCAACCGAGGAUUUCGAUCUUUUGGAACGCGCCGAGGCUGUUCCUCUAUGGAAAGAAGAGGACGGCGAGGACGACGAAACGCGCAACCGCUAUUUGGCUGAAAUCCGUGAUAAUAUGCACGUCUAUCGGCCUGUGAAAUCGAGGCGUAAUACGAUGAACCCCAUUCGACCCAGUCUUGUCGGUGCAUUGGAGUUCCAGUCUGUUCUUCACUCGCUACAGAAGUCAAGAAACACCCGUCGCAAUCCCACAAUAGGCCUGAACAGCUAUUCAGAUGACGGUGACUCUGAUUUCGACACGCGCUCGGUAGCAUCGCAUCCUCGCGCCAGUCGACCAUCUGCCAGUAACGACCGCCUGUCGCCAUCCAGCGCAGCAGGUUCCUCCCGGGUUCGAGCUGUGUCGGCGAACGAUGCUGCGGGGUUAAAAUUUGACUCUAGUGUUCUGGAGCCGUCGCCAACACGAGGUCCAUUGCUUACAGUAAGCAGACCUUCUUUUGAGGAUACUUCGGGACAAGAAGCCAUGGAGUCACGCCAACUCCCUCCAAUUGACACUGACAUGGCACUGGGUGUGUCUUCUGCGGAUCGGUCGCCGAGUCUGAGUCCAGGCACGACAGGUCCUCAGACUCCUGACCGGCUCGCUCCAUCCGACGCUUUUAACCCUCCCAAUUACCACAACGGAGAGACAAAUGAACGGCCCUCGCUGUCAGUGUCUCCUAAGGGUACUGCAACCCGCCUUCAGUCAGGCUUCGGGUUAGAAAGCCCUUCGGUGCCCUUCCCAACGUAUACUGAUUUACCCUCCAUGCCGUCCUCACGAUCACCCAGCAUUCGACUCCCAAAUUCAACCAGCCCGCUAGAACGGCUACAAGUCCACGAUGACUAUGAUGAUUUUGCUCAUGUAGGCCGCACUUUCCACAAAUACCUGAGGAAUUGGUGGCCUGACUCGAUCCCCCCUCCCCAGCAGAUUGGUUGCACACUCUUCCCGACCUUGGUGGGAUGGAAAUCUAAAAAUGUCUGGGAACGACUGCUCGGUAUUAUUGCAGCCCCCAGUGUCCUGCUGCUAACCAUAACGGUCCCAGUCGUUGAGCCAGAGGCACCAGAGUCUGUGGAACCGGACCCCAUACCCUCGGUGAUCAUUCAGAACAUCGACGAGGAAGGGAAUCCCUCCCCAAGGGUUAGACUUCCAGCUGAUAGCCCAGUGAUCGCGGCUCAGGCACAUGACUACGGCGGAUCCGUCUCUAAUGUUCCGCCAACGCACCCCCAUCGGAAGUCGUCGUAUGAACAGACUACUCGCACGCGAUGGGACUCAGAACUCCCGGCAGUGCCAGUGCCAGGCUCACCUUCUUCGAAUCCCGUGCCAACAAAGGACUGGAAUCGCUGGCUGGUCUCCAUCCAGCUUUUCACAGGCCCCUUCUUCGCCGUGCUCAUCGCCUGGGUGACCAUAGACGAAGACCGUCAGCCGCGCAACCUUAUUCUUCCCUCCCUCGUCUCCCUCUUAUUCUCCUCCAUCUGUCUCACAGUUCUGAUAAUCAGCACCCGUCGUCAACGAAACAGCCGACGUCUCAGUUCAAAUAUUUCCCUACCACUUCUCCCCCAUGAAUCCCAACCUCACAUCCACACCCUUCCAACUCCAUGGCGGCCCUUCCUCUCCCUACUUGGCUUCUUAGUCGCCAUAGCCUGGAUUGCGACGAUUGCUACAGAAGUUGUCUCCCUCCUCAAGACCAUCGGCGUCGUGCUCAACAUCUCUGAUUCCCUACUCGGAUUGACCGUUUUCGCAGUCGGGAACUCGCUCGGCGAUCUAGUCGCUGAUGUCACAGUAGCCCGACUCGGGUAUCCGGUCAUGGCACUGAGCGCCUGUUUCGGUGGUCCAAUGCUCAAUAUCCUCCUCGGUAUCGGGCUUGGUGGUCUGUAUAUGACCGUCAAUGGCGGGAACCAGAGACACAAUGAAGCACUCCCGGAUGUCACCCCUGUGCAAGUCCCCUAUGAGAUCGCCAUCUCCAAGGUGCUCAUCAUCAGCGGCGCGACGCUUUUGGUUAUCCUCAUUGGGCUUUUGGUUGUUGUUCCUAUGAACAAUUGGAGAAUGGAUCGCAGGAUUGGCUGGGGUCUUAUCGUUGUUUGGUGUGUCAGUACCCUAGGUAAUGUGAUUGCGGAAGUUGUCUCGUGA